CAGCUUUGUCCCGUCUCCCUCCCCCCCCCUGGUACCUGCCCUUUUCUUCUUUUCUUCCGCUGCUCUCUUCCCUCUUCUCCUUUUCUCCUCUUCUCUUCUUCUCUCACCUUCUCUCACCUCACCCCGCACCUGUUGUGCGUUCUUCUUUCCGCGUUGCUUCCCCUCCCUUCUCUGCGUAACUUUCCUCAAUAUUCCUGUUACUCGUGUACUCCCUUCAUCUCUUUCUUGCAGUAAUCCCAAGCCUUUGUGAGAUCAUGGCGAAGGAUGAGAUCCAGGCCGUUGACGCGGCAGUUGACCCUUAUGCUGGCAAUGACCUGGAAACUAAGGGCACCUCAGAGCACAUUAACCUGAACAAGAAUACUGCUGCCAAGAUCAAGAAUCCCCUGGCAGAUCUCACCCCUGCUCAGGUGAUCCGAGAUGUCGAGGCCUUUUCCGCUGACAACCAGCUGGAUGACAUCUUCCCUCUUUUGAAGAAGGGGGCUCUGGUUGCACGCGACCCUGAGGCUUACGCGUCGGUGCCUGACAUGACCGAUCGGGAGAUUGAUGCCGUCCAUAACGAGGUGGCCCACAAGUGGCGUCAGCCCAAGGCUCUUUACUUCACUAUCAUCCUGUGCUCCAUUGGAGCUGCCGUUCAGGGAUGGGAUCAGACCGGAAGUAAUGGUGCCAAUUUGUCGUUCCCAGAUGCACUUGGAAUUCCUGAAACCGGUCCGGAUGCGGCAAAAAACCAAUGGCUUGUCGGUGUAAUCAAUUCGGGGCCCUACUUGGCCAGUGCUGUCCUCGGCUGCUGGCUGUCUGACCCGGCGAACAGAUUCCUGGGCCGCCGUGGUGCUAUCUUCAUUUCUGCUAUCUUCUGUCUUCUCUCCCCGAUCGGAUCGGCUGUGUGUCAGACCUGGCAACAGCUAUUCGUGACGCGUCUUCUCUUGGGCCUGGGAAUGGGCUUGAAAGCAUCAACCAUCCCUAUGUUCUGUGCAGAGAAUACCCCGGCGUCUAUCCGCGGUGGCCUCGUGAUGUGCUGGCAGUUAUGGACCGCGUUUGGUAUCUUCCUCGGAACUUCUGCCAAUCUUGCUGUGAAAGAUACUGGGAAAAUCUCCUGGAGACUCCAACUCGGGUCUGCCUUUAUCCCGGCCCUGCCUUUGCUCAUUGGUGUCAUGUUCUGUCCCGAGUCACCGCGCUGGUACAUCAAGAAGGGACGCAUGCGUGACGCGUAUCGGUCCUUGUGCCGUUUGCGCAACACUGAACUGCAGGCCGCGCGUGAUCUCUUCUACAUCUACUCUCAGAUUCAAGUCGAGCAGGCGAUUGCUGGACAGUCCAACUAUGCCACUCGUUUCAUCGAGUUGUUUACCAUCCCUCGUGUCCGACGUGCUACCCUUGCUUCAUUCGUCGUGAUGAUUGCGCAGCAGAUGUGCGGGAUCAACAUUGUUGCCUUCUAUUCUUCGACGGUCUUUCAGCAGGCUGGAGCCAGUGUCACAGGUGCACUCUUCGCCUCGUGGGGCUUUGGACUUGUUAACUUCCUCUUCGCAUUCCCAGCUAUCUUCACCAUUGACACAUGGGGCCGUAGGUCUCUGCUUCUCUUCACCUUCCCCCAGAUGGCCUGGACUCUUCUAGCUGCAGGCUUCAGCUUCUACAUCCCAAAAGAUCAGACCGCGCAUCUGGCAUGUAUUGCAUUCUUUGUCUUUCUCUUCGCCGCCUUCUACUCUCCCGGUGAAGGACCUGUGCCGUACACUUACUCUGCGGAGGUUUUCCCUCUGUCCCAUCGUGGUAAGUACAGCUCGCGGGUAUCCGAUGUAUCAAUUGCUAAUUUGGCUACAGAGGUUGGAAUGUCCUGGGCCGUGGCAACCUGUCUCGCCUGGGCUGCGGUGCUUUCAAUUACCUUUCCCCGUAUGCUCGUCGUCAUGACCCCAACUGGCGCGUUCGGCUUCUACGCGGGAUUGAAUUUGACUGCUUUUCUCAUGAUCUUCCUCUGGGUCCCUGAAACCAAACAGCGAACUCUGGAAGAGCUUGACUACAUCUUCGGCGUGCCCACUCGUAUCCACAUGCGCUACCAGCUGUUCCAGGUGCUGCCCUGGUGGAUCAACCGCUACAUCUUCCGUCGCAAUGUGCACUUGGAGCCUCUGUACAAGUUUGACCACCUUGCUACCAGUGGCUAGGCGGUUAAAACAUCUCGUGCGUGAACAUUUCAAGUUCGACAUUCCAUCUUCCACUCGAUGGCACGCCUUCUCAUGCGGUGGAGGUCUAAUUGAUAUGUUCUGCAAUUGAGGAAGAAACUCGGUGUUUUAAUGGUUUAUUCUAUGCUCUGCUUAGAAUAUGAGUGCAGGUGUGGUGGAAAAAAAGGCUUUUUUCAAGUAUCUUCACAGGGUGGAGAACAAUGUAUUACUCUAAUGAGUGACAAUCUAUGGUUAAUGGAUUUCCCAUCUUUUGUAGGGGCGUAGGGCUUUUCCACACUCCAUGAGCGACUAAACAAGCUUGCUACCAGAGAUUUCGUGCUAUAGCGAGUACUCAGCGACCCGUUCAAAGACUGUCACGGCGCGCUUCACACACUUCCACACAACCACCCAGUCCCUAGCUCCUAAGCCAAGAACACAGAAAUUUUACACAAAAUCC